UAUUAGAAUUAGACAUCAUUUCAGAAACACUUAUCAAAAUUUUCGUUCUCGAAAUUGUAAUUCAAUAAACUCAAAAAAAAACAAGAAUGUCCGCCCAUAGUCUAACAGAGGAACAAGAGCGCCAGUUCCGUCAGAUGUUCGAGAUGUUCGACAAAAAUGGCGACGGUUCGAUCAGCACAUCGGAACUGGGAUCGGUCGUUCGGGCCUUGGGUAUGAAUCCCUCCAUUGCGGAAAUCGAGCAAAUGAUCCACGAGGUCGAUUUGGACGGAAGUGGGUCGAUUGAGUUGAACGAAUUUCUCAUACUGAUGGCACGUAAGUCACGGGAGGGUUCCACACAGGAAGAGCUACGGGAUGCGUUCAAAAUUUUUGACAAGGAUGGAGAUGGAUUUCUCACGGUUGACGAGUUGUCGGCUGUUAUGAAGAACUUUGGCGAGAGAUUGACCGAUGACGAACUAGCAGAUCUGCUGGAGGAAGCCGACAUCGAUGGAGACGGAAAGAUCAACUAUGAAGAAUUUGUCAUCAUGUUGAGCAAGUGAACAAAUGGUUUGAUUAUUAAUCACUUCGUUUUGAAAUAUAAAAUAUAGAAAUGAUUCUUCAUUUUCCAUUGCAAACAACGCGGAAAACAUAGAGCAUAAUAAAUGUACGAUAUUAUAAAGGAG